UAUUUUUAAAAGCAUCUGAUUAUCCUACACAACGUCACUUGCACUAGAAAACAGCAAACUUAUUUAAUGGGUAACUGUCGCUUUUAACUAGAGUAAGAGUAAGAUACUUUGUCAUUGUAUACAAUACAACGAAAUGUCGUGUGGUAAUAUCCUUAUCACUCCUUAUGACGUCUGUCUGAUGUCUCGAUUUUUCUACUGUUGUUUGAAAUCAAAAAAGACAUUCCGCGUUAUAAGAAACUACAUUUAGCCGAAUUAGAUCCCUUGUCCUGUACAGGCUUAAUCACCAGGUGACGCUAUUGGUCCUUCUCUCGAGUGUCACUGUUGCGCAACUUGUGUUUUUACAUCUCCAUUAAUAAAGCUCUGACAUGAUCUAACCAAAUGUAUGAGUGGAGGAAAAGAGCACGUGAUCCACUUGAAACGAUCUAUAUUUGGCCAAUAGCAAAUGAAGAAGGAAAAAACUUUCACCUAUAAAUUCUGGAUUAAUCAUAUUCAGUUCAAGCAAGACACAAAUCAUACGCAUUUACGGCAAGAAAUGUGAAAACAAAACAAAAAAAGAAAACAAAAACUUCCAAUCAGUUUAUUUUUAACGCUUCGUGAGAUGACAUCUUACAUUUCCGAUUGAAGAAAUCGAGUGACGCGACGUCCGCCUUCGCAAAAAACCAAACAACCGCGCCCACGAAAGUCCACGCGAGCGCGCGCACCCUACCCCGUUACAGCCACCGCCGCCGUCGCCGCGUGCGGGAGAUGAGCUCCGGUCCACCUGCUGACCAACAUCACCACCACCACCACCACGACUAUGACCGCGCCUCGGAACCGUCUUACGACGCGCAAAGCCGAAAAGCGGACGACGGGAGACACGACGACGCGUUCGAGGUCGAAAAGAAAGCAAAAAGCGGCGUGGACAAGAAAGUGAAAGCUGCGCAGCUAGCGCACACUCGACCGCAAAUCUACCCGUGGAUGACUAAACUGCACGUGAGCCACGAAUCGGAUGGGAAACGAGCGAGGACGAGUUACACCCGCUACCAAACACUGGAACUGGAGAAAGAGUUUCACUACAACCGAUAUUUAUCCAGACGAAGGAGAAUCGAGAUCGCGAACACGCUGUGUCUGAAUGAGAGGCAGAUCAAAAUCUGGUUUCAGAACCGCAGAAUGAAAUGGAAGAAAGACAAAAAGACACAAAAUGAAACAUCAAUACUAAACUAAAAAAAAAAGUCUUAGAACUAACAAUGUGUUAUGAAUAGGUCUUCGGCUAUAUUACAAUUCAUCAUCAUCAUGAUAAUCACCUGGUCUUUAAUUUUACUACUAUGAUAUUGUACAUUGGGGGGGAAGGUGGAACCCUCAAAGAUACAGAUGCUGUACCUGUAAUAGCCUGUAUAUAUUUAACCUAGAAAUGUGGAUAUAAUGUACACUUUACUCUGAAAUCUAAUUAGGGCCCAUUUAUGGACUUUAAGACUUUGUUAAACGCACAAUAUCCACAUUUCCAGGUGAAAAAUACAAAGACGUACAAAAGGUUCCACUGCAGAGACAAGGAAAGGUACAGGUUAGAACUAUUUCUCUGAGUGUGUAGGCAGUUUUAUAUAAUCCUCUCGAGUCAUGAAGGUGCAGACCGCCAUGUUAAAAUUUUACUGAGCUUCGGAGAUGAGAGGUGCACGUGCACUGCUCCUUAAAUAUUAUUAGCAUUAAUUCAGCACUGCUGCUUCAAAUUAAUUCAUAACCUUUCCAUCCCAGGCCUUAUGGUACUGUAGACAGGGCAGACGUUUUUUUUGUUUUUGGAAUGCUGCCAAAAUGGCCACCUAUAGUGAGGAAUCCUCCUCCAAAAUAAUAAAUAAAGCUCAGGAGGGUCAUGAGAGCGUGAUGAUGUCCACAAUACCGAAUAACAAAUGAUCUGCAACAGCCUACUACUGAUAUUAAAUAAAGCAUGAGUGUCAUUUUUACAAUGUAACAGGUUUGAAUGUAAGAAUGCACCACAGAUGCUGGAGCUAGAGCACUUAAAUAUAGGCCUAAUACUGAGAUAGAUUUGUAUAAACGUGCAAGGAUGUAUUUUUGUCUAUAAUUUAUGAUCUUAUAACGCUUCAGAGCUACUAUGAGACACUAUGUCUACACCGAGGUCAGUGCACAUGAGCACAGAUUUAAGUUUUGUUUAAUCCUUAAUCUUCGUUGAUGUUUUAUUCUUUGCCUAACUUACAAGCUUGGAUAAGAUACUUUUUCUUUUUUCCUUUUUUUCUUCAGUAGAAAAAAUAACUUCAGUAUUUAUUGUGUCACAAACAAAGCAAAUGCUGUAUACUGGAAAUGUUGCACACAUGCUAAACAGUCCUCAUGGCUGUGCAAAUAAUGGAUUCAAUAAAUAAAUGGAUGCAAUAAAUGCCAAUCCUGUACUGAAUAAAAUAUCUUAAAGUCA